UUUCUCAGCUGAUUGUCUCCAGCGGAGAGUUGUUUUUUGCAGCUUACGGAGUCGAGCCGCAGCAGGAGGAGCCGAGACCCCCCGGAGGGGGGGGGGGCAGGAGGGGAGGAGGGGAAAGGAGGCGGGAUCCUGGGAGCCUUGACUGCUCGGCGCGGGGCUCCGGGUCCUGUCACGGCACUUCCUGGGGUUGGAGACUGGGGUGGGUGGGGGGUAAGGGGAAAAGCCUUCUCCCCCACCCCUCGACGGCGGCUCCGAAUCCGGCGUCUUUCUUCCCGCGCUCCUUCCCCCUCUCCCCCCCACCCCGCCAGCCCUCAGCCCCCCUCAUGAGGGUGUCCGUGCCGGGUCCGGCGGCCGCCCCCGCGGCCCCCGUGGCCGGCCGGGAGCCCUCGACGCCCGGCGGGGACGGCGCGGCGGCGGCGGCGGCGGCAGCCUCGGGCGCCGCGAUGCCCGGCUCGGUGCAGUUGGCUCUGAGCGUCCUGCACGCCCUGCUCUACGCCGCGCUCUUCGCCUUUGCCUACCUGCAGCUGUGGCGGCUGCUCCUGUACCGCGAGCGGCGGCUGAGUUACCAGAGCCUCUGCCUCUUCCUCUGUCUCCUGUGGGCAGCGCUCAGGACCACCCUCUUCUCCGCCGCCUUCUCGCUCAGCGGCUCGCUGCCCCUGCUCCGGCCGCCCGCUCACCUGCACUUCUUCCCCCACUGGCUGCUCUACUGCUUCCCCUCCUGUCUCCAGUUCUCCACGCUCUGUCUCCUCAACCUCUACCUGGCCGAGGUUAUAUGUAAAGUCAGAUGUGCCACUGAGCUUGACAAGCACAGAAUUCUUCUGCAUUUGGGCUUUAUAUUGGCCAGCCUCCUCUUUUUAGUGGUGAACUUGACUUGUGCAAUGCUAGUCCAUGGAGAUGUCCCAGAAAACCAGUUGAAAUGGACUGUGUUUGUUCGUGCAUUAAUUAAUGAUAGCCUAUUUAUUCUUUGUGCCAUCUCUCUAGUUAGUUACAUAUGCAAAAUAACAAAAAUGUCAUCAGCAAAUGUCUACCUCGAAUCAAAGGGUAUGUCUCUGUGCCAGACAGUCGUCGUAGGCUCUGUAGUCAUUCUUCUCUAUUCUUCAAGAGCAUGUUAUAAUUUGGUGGUUAUCACCAUAUCUCAGAAUACAUUAGAAAGUCCAUUUAAUUAUGGUUGGGAUAAUCUUUCAGAUAAGGCUCAUAUAGAAGACAUAAGCGGAGAAGAGUAUAUAGUAUUUGGAAUGGUUCUCUUUCUGUGGGAACAUGUACCAGCAUGGUCGAUAGUACUGUUUUUUCGGGCACAGAGAUUAAAUCAGAAUUUGGCACCAGCUGGCAUGAUAAAUAGUCACAGUUAUAGUUCCAGAGCUUACUUUUUUGACAAUCCAAGACGAUAUGAUAGUGAUGAUGACUUGCCAAGACUGGGAAGUUCAAGAGAAGGAAGUUUAACAAAUUCACAAGGUUUGGGCUGGUAUGGCACCAUCACCGGAUGUGGCAGCAACAGUUAUACAGUCUCUCCUCACCUAAAUGGACCUAUGACAGAUACUGCUCCUUUGCUCUUUACUUGUAGUAAUUUAGAUAUGAACAAUCACCAUAGCUUAUAUGUAACACCACAAAACUGACAUUACUGAGUUGUGAUUCUCUGAUUGUUUUUCAUGGAUGUGUUUAUGCAACGUGUUUAAAUUCCAUCUACAUAAACAUUCCUCUCUGUUGUUACUGAAAACAAAGCCUGGAAACCUGUUCAGCAGAGGACACAGCUGUGACUUUUUGACCUCUUCAUAAUAAAAUGAAGUGAAAUGGAAAAGUUGACAAGAAAAGCAGGGUUAGAUCUUAAGGUACUUGAUGACCUUCAAACAUCCUGACUUUGGAACAUGCAAUGCAUAUUUGCACUUUUAUCUUUGAUUUGAAAGAGUACACUGCAGGCCCCUGAGUCACACUCCAGAGCUCACAUUGGACAUUUAUAGUAUACACCAAAUUAGGAGGCAGUUUUCUUGUUAAAUGAAAGUCAGGGCUCCCCAGGCACCACCAGGGUGACCAGGUUAAUCCCCAGCACCACAGGCCCAGAGCAGCACUGCAUCUAUGGGUCCUCAGAUUGAAUCACCUGCCUGUUGGCCAAGAAUCAUUGAGAGAAGCCUCCCUCCAGAUAUCCUGAUGGUGGCCCCCUAAACAUAUAUUAAAGUCUGUAUGUUUAAUAGUGUGCUUUAUGUGGGAUUCUUAUCCAAUGAAAAUUUUAUAGUGUGAACCGUGCACAAAAUUAAAGCCUAAAAGUGUAUCUUUCUUUUAAAAAGGUCUACUAAAACAGUUCAUUGUUGAAGGUAGUUUUUUAAGCAUGUUUGUAAAGUACCAAUGAAAAUUAAACAAUCAUUUUAAAUGAAUCAUAGUAGUGAUCCUUUACAAAGAUUACCAGCAGUGUUCUUUGGAUAUUUAACCACAGAUAUUUCUUUAAAAGUACACCCAUGAAAAUGAUAUGGCUACUUGGAAUAGAAUUGGUCGUGAUUAUUUUGUAUGAUUCAGAUAUAUGUAGUAGUUUAAGCAUGAUUAUUCAAGAAAGCAAUAGUGAUUUUUGCAUAGGGAGAUUUUGGUAGAAACUUCUUGGGACUAAACAAGUUUACAGAUGCAUUUAAGAAUACCUAAAAUGUACAAUCCUAAGUUAAAAUAUGAAUGCAUUUUCAGAAGUAUUUGAUUUAGCUUUCACAAGAUAACUGAUCUUACCCAUUGAAUCAGGAUUGUCCUCAGGUAAAUUUAAUCAUGAUACAUUAUUGCAGUUAACUCAAGUGCAAUACUUUAUAAAACCUAAUUCCCCCAUUGGUUUUACCAUUUUAUAUCUUGUUUAUUAUUAAAGCCAAAUUGAAUUUAAUACAUAUUAAUUUCAGUACUAGACUAAAUGAUCUUGUAUAAAGGUAUAAAACUGGGGGGUUAAUAUUAGAAUACUUUUUAGAAUUACAUUAAAACUAUCUUAAAUGUUCUAUCCCCAAGCUAAAAAAUAGUUAUGCCAGGCUAAGGUAAUAGAGAAUUUUUAAAUGCACUUUCUACCAGUGUCUAUGUGGAAAGAAGUAGAUGCUGAAUACCUCAAUAUGCCAAGGGAACAGGCAACAUGGAAUGUCGCCACAGAAUGCUUACAGAUGACUGACCAUGUACAGUUAUUUGCUCAUCUGUGUCUUCAAGACAGGAAAAAGUACAACUGUCCUUUCUGUCAUCUACUUUUUGUCUUCUACUUUGAUUAGAAUUGUUUUAUUUCUACUCUUACUCCAAAAGUCUUUCAACUGUUUAAAAAUUGAUACAGUAACUUCACAAAAGUACAAACAGUAGGUGACUUCCCAAGUGAUAAAUGAAAUUUUAAAUGUUAUUGAUCUUUUGGAAAAUGUACACAGCAAAAAACUUUUUACUGUACAAAAUUACUUUGAAUUCAAUCAGAAGUACAAACUUAUACUACUUUAUAUAAAUUCUCAUAUUGUAACCAAAUUAAAGUUUAUGGUACAGAAGUUAAUCUUAGUAUUAAAAAUGUAAUGUAUUUAACUGAUAUUUUUAUUACAACUUCAGUUAUUACAUUUCUUUUCAGAAUAUUCAUUUUCCUAAUAAUGUUGCCUAAUUAUCUAGCAUUAUCUGAAAAGAUGUGUUGUCUUUGUUAAUUGUUGGAGUUCAAAGUGAUGUAUUUUCUGGCAAGGCUUCCCUAGAUAAUGUUUCUGUGUGACUAUAUAAGCAAAGAGUACUUUCAAAAUAUAGUUCAGAUAAAAUAACUUGCUAUUUCAUCUUCAUUAAAUGAUUAUUACAAAUUUGAGAUUUGUAAUUUUAUUCUCAUCACUGACAAGGGUACCCAGAAUCUUGCAUUUGUCUCAUUAUGCAUAUUUGCCACAAAACAUCACCAAAGACAAAAAAAAAAAAAAAGGUAAGCUUCUGGCCCAAAUUUUGCUUAAAAAUUCCAAAGCACUAGGAGCACUUUAAGUUUGGUCCUUGAAAGAAGUAAUUGUUUAUGAAAUCAAAGGGCUACCAGCUCCCUCUUCAUCCUGCACUGAAGCACAUGAUGAUCAUGUCAAACCUUCAUUUUUGGUUCAUUAAUUUAAAGUGAAUUUCAUUGCUUAAGUGUGUAAUUCUACAGUGGUUAGCAGUAUUUGUUUUCUUGUAUCAUUGGGGUGGCUAUUAGUUUUGAAACAGUUACCAUCCAUUAUAGCUGGUUGUAGUUUUAUGAAAGAUGUAAUUUAUAGCUAAAGUGGCUUUUAUAUGCAUAGCUGCCUUUUUUAUUGUUUAAAAGUGUUUCUCAGCUACAAAAACCAGUUUCAAACCGGUUUUGAAAGUAUAGCUGUGGCCAAUGAAUGUAUUUAUUUGUUGUUUCCCUAAAUUGUAACAAAACACUACUGUUAAAAAUAAAAGUGUUUGUGCUUUUAUUUGGA